CCACCUAUAUCAUACAGCUUCCUUGUUCAUACUUCUAUAUCAGCCUCUAGCCAGACAUAUAAAUGUCAUAAUUGGAUCUUGCUUAGUGACUUAUCAGCUUUCUCGCAUCCAUCAUAUCAAAUGGUCAUGAAUUGCUUGUCCCAUCGCGAAAAGUCAGCGAAAUUAGCUAGACUUUCGUUCAAUCGGGAGGCCCAGGAUUCAGAUUAAAGUGUUGCUUACCUACCCUUCUCGAUUGUACGGUGCAUCACAGCCAGUUCCCAGUCUCAUUAUUGGCUCCGGACUAUUUACCUUGCAGACCGCGAAUAAACAAGAAAAAUGAAACGCAAGCAUUCGUUGGAUGCUGCAACGACGAAUAAUUCCCUACAUAGCUUCUAUGGCCCCGCAAACCCCAAACAGCAAUUGCCUACGCGAGAAAUUGGUGAUAGGCAAGAUCUAGGAUCUACAGAUGGGAAAGAAAGCAGCAACGAUAUAAUUGAAGAUGAUUAUGAUUCGUUUGAUGAGAUAUUCACGCGCCACAUCACCUUCGAUACUGAUACUCUGGCGGACGGUUGGACAACUCCCUCGGACCAAAAUGAUUCAAAUAAAACUUCCAAACCUAGACAACGAUCUGCUGGAAUGGCCAAUCGGUUUCUCAUUUCCACCGAGCAGCCUAAAUCUAGAUCGAGUUCUUUACAACCCGCUCAUAGAACCUUGCCAUGGGCGCAGCAGUUUGCUCCAUCCAGUAUAGAAGAAUUGGCGGUUCACCACAAGAAGGUUUCUGAUGUGAAAAACUGGUUAAUCAAUGCAUUUGCCAGAAGGCAGCGACAGUUCAAGGAAGAAUUGUCUAGCACUAUGCUUCGCUACAUUGACUCCCUUCUAACAAAAGACAAGCUACUUGUCCUUCGAGGUCCUGCAGGAAGCGGUAAGACGGCUACAGUUUCAUUGCUAUCAGCUGUGUUGAAUUUCGACAUUCUCGAAUGGAAAAACCCUUCUUCAUCAGAGUCUGCCACCAAAGCACAUGUAUCAAUUGCUUCCCGUUUUGAGGAGUUCCUGGAACGUGGGAACGAGUUUAAAGGACUCGACCUAGAUGAGGUGACUAGCUCACCCGGACCUGGAGACAAUGGCAAUAAUGCGGAUGCUUCGCGACAGCGCAUAAUUCUCAUAGAGGAGUUUCCAACACUUACAGGUUCUGCGUCUGGCCUAACACCGUUCAGACUAGCUCUUCUGCGGUAUCUUGACAGAACAUCACAACAGAACAUUGAUUAUGAAACUGAUGUGCAACGAAACUCCCCGAUUGUCUUGAUCGUGUCAGAGACACUUCUUAACUCACGAUCUUUUCCUUCAGAUAGCCUGACAGUCCAUCGGUUGCUAGGACCAGUACUCUACACUCACCCAAAAACGAACAUCCUUGAUUUUAAUAGCAUAGCCCCGACUUUUAUGUACAAGGCUUUGCAUCUCGUUUUAGAAAAGGAGGCUCGGCUUUCCAAACGUGAGAGAUUUCCGGGCCCUGCCAUACUCCAUAAUAUCUCUACUAUCGGGGACAUUCGAAGUGCAAUCUCGUCCUUGGAAUUUCUUUGCAUGAAUUCUGGAGGGUUCAAGAAGUCCCCACCCCCCAAAACCAAGAAUUCGAAAGGAUCUAGCAUGCCUCUUACGGCCGUUGAAAGGGAGACAUUGGAUUUAGUUACACAGAGAGAAGCGAGUCUUGGGCUAUUUCACGCAAUUGGCAAGGUUAUGUAUAACAAACGUGUCGAUACCGGUUCAACUGAAGGCGCCCAAGUUGUGUUGCCCCCAGACUACUUAAGCCACCAUAAGCGGCCACAAUUAUCCCAAGUGUGUGUCAACGAACUUGUGGAUGAAGCCGGAACUGACAAUCAAACCUUUAUCUGCGCUCUUCACGAGAAUUAUGUUCCGUCAUGCAAUGGUUUAUCUUUUACAGACUACCUGGAUGGUUGCAUAGGUGCAUUAUCCGACAGUGAUAUGCUGUCUUUCGACACAAGGGGACGAAGCAGGCUCGGAUUGGCUGGUGUUAGUAGAUACAACUCCGGGUCAGACUCAUUGCGCCAGGAAGACCUCAGUUAUCAGGUUGCUACUCGAGGUAUAUUGUUCGCUCUUCCAAGCCCUGUGAAGAGAUCUACAUGGUCCAAUAACGGCUCGAGCAAUACAAGAAGCGCAAACAAAAUGCUUUUCCCGGCUUCGUUGCGGUUGCUUCGAGAUAUGGAAGAGAUACAAGAUCUCAUAGAUGUAUGGUCUACUAAACUAUUGGACCCAUCAAACUCGAGCUUUAAACCUGAGGAGGCCACUAGCACAAGUGACAGCCGCAGUAAACCAACUGUAGCUGUUACCAUGAUGUCACGCAGUGAUCUCAUCCUUCACCAACUGCCGUAUCUGGCUCUAAUAGCUGGCGACAUGGAGCCAUCCCAAGGACUCCAUAAGCUUGUCAACCUCAGCGGGACUGAGAAUCAAAGUAAUGCUAAUGACUUUGAUUUGCUUGACAACACUGUUGAAUUACCUGCAGUCACAUCUACGGCUCAGUGGAAGGGUCCUCCUACAGGAAGCCCGCCCCAAAUCAGUCGUCGAUACCACAGCAAUGCUUUUGGGCCCCGGUUGCCGCCGUCUUUGGAAGAGGAGAAGCUGUUUUUGGCUGAUGAUGAUAUUAUAGAUGACUACUGA